UUUACAUUUGGGCCGAUCUUUAAUUUGUUUGCUUUGAUGGGCAAAACCGUCAUUUCAUAUAUUUCAUCUCUGGCUCAAAAAAUUUGCUCUGGCAUUAUCAACAGCCUAUCUUCUUCCUCCUCGAGUCUUCAACUGCAUAAUCCCUCAGCUGCAAUUUGCAAGAAAUUAAGAAAAUGGGUUCUCUUUCAGCAACUGGAUUUUCCCCAAAAUACCCAGUCCCCAACCACACAAUACGUCGUCGUUCUUGCUGCCGAUUGCCGGCCGUGUUCGCCGCCCUCAAAGCCUCUCCUCCACCUGUGAAUGAAUUUGCCGGUGAUGAUGAUGUGUUGCGGGCUUUCUUGAAGGAGAGGGAGAUGAGUCGAGAUUUUGUGUCAAGACUAUGUGAUGAGCUCUGGUUGAGGGGUGGGAGUUCAAAUUUGAAAAACAAUGAAAAUUCUGAGGAGGGUUUUGAUAGUGUGAAGCUCAAUGACCUAAAGAUUUCGGAGGAGGAAAAUGAAGGUGGGUUUUUGAAAUUGAAGAGAACGGGUGAGUGGCUGUCGGGUGACGAUGAAUCUGCCCCGAUGAACAAGAAGAUAUCUUCCAAGAAGGUACGAGAUGACAGUCAGAGAAGGAAAAGACUGAAUUUUCUCAGAUAUGAAGCUCUGAAGAGGGAGCUGCUUUUUCUGACCGUGGGUGUAGGAACUGCAUGUAGUGGAUACUGCCUCGUAACUUUUUCAGUCCAGGCUGCUGUGAGCUAUGCAACAGGAGUUCUUUUCAGAAUUGGAAUAAGAAGUGAAGAUUUACAAGAUUCAUUCGAGAAAACACUUAAAGGCAGUAGCAUUGCUCUUUCUUCUCCUAGGCUCGUUUUUCCUGCUGCAAUAUAUGGUAUUUGGGAAUUGUCCCAACAUUUUGCCCACGACAUUUUUGAUUUUCAGCUAGUACCAGCAAUGAUGGGUUUAUUUGCAUAUAAAGCGGCAGCUUUAGUGCAAGUGUAUAGAGACAAUGAAGACCUUCAGUUCAUCUUCCCUGAAAAUGCCGAUGGUUCAACUGACUGAAUUAUUACGGUUUUAUGUAAAAAUAUGCAAAUAACAGGUCGAGGGAAAUUAGAAGAGGGCUUAGCUUUAUGGAGGAGAUAAUUUUGAACAUUAUCGCCAAAAAACGAGUCUUGUAAGAAGAAUUCAGGCAAUCACCAUUCUCUUCUCCGGCAAAGCUUUUUUGAAUGGAUGAUCAUAUCAGUUAACACUCGAAGUUUUGUAUGAACUUCCAAAUCGAGGCUUUGCACUCACAAAACUUGAGAUGUACAAAAAUUGUUGUAUAAAGCGGCCUAACCGUUAGGCGGUCGACUCAUCAAUCAUCAUACUCUGUGAAUGUGAAGGAAAAUGUAUAUUUUAUAUUAUUGUGUUUCAUACUUCUGGUACAUGUAUUUUUUAAAAUAUGAUUUUCUUUAAUGAAAAUACGUACAUUUGGAAACAAAAGUACAACAGUUAAAUGUAGACCCACCUGACACAAGAACCACCUUGAAAUGUAUAAAGCUUGCUU